GCUGACAGUCUAUGAUGCAGUGUUUGUUACCUUAUCUUUCAUACAAAAAGACUUGAACCUCUGAAGACCAGUAUGUUCUUCAAAUGUAGGGCAUAAUGAUUAUAAUGAGAGUAUUAAUUCAUAUUUUAAUUAAUUAAUACUAUAAUAAUAAAUGUACUUUCCGUUUCCCACAAACUUUCUCUUUUGAUAUGCCUCAUACCCACUUUCUAUAAAAUUAUUGUGCAUUUAACAGCUCAUAUUACUGGUAUCAAAUCAUUCCUCCCACCAUUGUUUCUUUAAAUACCCAUUGAAUGGCUCAUGAGGAGCUCAGAGAGAUCCACUUGCCCACAGAAGAGACAGAAUUCUGUCUUAAACAUCCCCUUCUAACAUCCUUACGUCAUCAAGGAUAGCAGUGGGCUUACUAUCUACUCAGUAAAUGUUUAUCAAUUUAAACUCGAAAUUAUAAAUAAUUUUAUCAUUUAUGUCAGUGGAAAAAGCAUCUGCCUAUUGGUAGGAUGCUUAUACUUUCCAAGUUCUGAGUCCACCCCUUACCUCAAAGAAAUGAACAAUUUUCAAAGCUUAUUUAAAUCUACUCAUUUAUUCAUUCAUGCAACAACUAUGUAUGGGGAAAGCGUAAAGUGGAAGGAAGGGGAAAAGGUCAAGAUACUCUUCUGUUUCUUUUCUGCUGCGCUUAAAAUUAAUCAUGUAUGUGUUUACUAAACUUGUCUCAAAGGACUGAAUGAGAAAAAGAUUGUAAGGCUGUCUAACAGUGCCUGGCACGUGGUAGAUGCUCAAUAUAUACUAGUUUAUUUGUCACAGCAUAAUGGACCAAAACUAGAGGCUCCACUCCUUUAUUUCUACAAGAGCCACCAUCCCAUUUUCUUUUAUUCUCUUUUUCACCUUAAGAAUGGUCUGUGUGUGCCUUUUCCCCUUGAAUCUGUAGAGUGGGUUCAGUGCUUAGUUACCUAAUACAGGGUAGACAAGAACUUCAGGCCAGCAUUUUCCUUAAAUCUCCUCUACGAUUCAAGACACCUUGGGGAAGGGAUAGAUGAGCUCCUACAUCAACGGACGAUGAUUUUUAUCUCUACCAAGUGACCCACAGUUUGGAUAUUGGUGCGAUGAGAAAUUUAGAAAAGAGCACACUUAUAUGACUGUCACUUCACAGUCACUCAAAUCAGAACUGGAAUGCCACAAAAACAACUCCCUGUUAGCCCAGAGAAAAAAAAAGAAAGAAAGUAAAGGGGAAAUUCAGAUUAGUCACAAAGAAGUUCCCCCGCCUGCCUGCAAAAGCUGCAGCAUUAAAACUGAGAGAGAUUUCUCUGCUCUCUCAAUCGCCUCUUACCUCUGGUCCUGGGACCUGGGCACUUUCUGCUUGAUAAGCUUGGUUUUGCCUUCCUGUCCUUCUUUGUGGGGAAGAGGCCAGUGUUCCCUCAGGCUCCCCUUUGCCACAGUUUUCAUCUUCCCUGCAUCCAGACUGUGGAGAUGGAAGGGGUCCAACCCCUGGACGGGAAUGUGGGAACCACACCAGGGAGGAGACUCCAGAACAACAAGCUAUGGCUGGUGGCCUCCAUAAUUCAGGGGCUGGGGCUGCUCCUGUGUCUCACCUACAUCUGCCUGCACUUCUAUACUCCUCAGGUGCCACCUCAAUAUCCUCCAAUUCAAAGUAUCAGAGUACAAUUUACCAGAUGUGAUAAUGAGAAAGGUUUCAUCAUCACAUCCCCAAGCAAGUAUGAGACCAUGAAGGUGCAAGACAACGCAAUCAUCAUCCGUUGUGAUGGAUUUUAUCUCAUCUCCCUGAAGGGCUACUUCUCCCAGGAGCUCAGCCUCAGCCUUCAUUACCGGAAAGGUCGGGAACCCCUCUUCUCCCUGAGCAAGGUCAAGUCUGUCAACUCCAUUGCAGUGCCCUAUCUGGCUUUCAAGGACAAAGUCUACUUGAAUGUGACCACUGAUGAUACCUCUUGUGAAGACAUCCAGGUGAAUGGUGGGGAACUGAUUCUCAUUCAUCAAAAUCCUGGUGGAUUCUGUGCCUACUGAAGACUUGAUGGCCACACCUGAGCCAGGCACCAGCAUGGACACAGAGCUGGGGGUGGACAGGACAGUGAUUCUACCUUGAGGGUAGAGGAGCUGUCCCGAUUCAGCCCCUGUAUCUGGCCACACAGGAUGUGACCAGAAGCAGAUACCCCCACUCAGGGAUAUUUAAUACUUAUUUGACACACCACUUAACUUUAUUUAUCCUCAUAUCUUGUCAAUCUAGCCUUCAUCCCUCACGACUGCCUCAAGCCUCUAAGGCACAUCUGUGAGAAUGAGAAAAUGUGUCUCUCCCUUAAGACACAUUGCUUCUAUUGGUCAAGAAAUUGUCACAGUAAAGUUUCCUUAUUAAAUAAGACACUUGACUACCUUUCGCUGGAAACUUGACACCUGGCACUGUAAAAAUGAAGAGGACCAAAGAGGGGGCUAUGAAUCUGCCAAAGGUGGUGUGGACUAACCCCUGGCAGCCAAAGAUGCCUCUCCAAGAUGAAAUUGGCUGCAGUUUGCAUAUUGCCUAAAUACCUCUCACAUUUGGUGGUGUUCAAAAGGAAAAUGAACUUGUAAAAAGCUGUCAGGACUUGAUGAAGAGUAAGCUGGCUAAGGAGUGCUUUUUUUCUUUACCACUUUGCUUUCCCACCCUCCAAAUGUUCCCAGUAGAAUUUCCUUUCAAAGAGUCAUCUUGGGGUGACACUGUGAAAAAUCUCAUCAGUGAUUUGAGGAAAACUGAGAGAGAUUUUUCUAAACUGGGAGAGUGAGAUAAUUCAUUGUGAAAGUUAUCUUUAUUGCACAGGAGAGCAGUGAAACUGGACCUCUCAGGGUAAGUCAGUAAGAAUUUAAAUAGUCUGGGGAAGAUAACACAAAUUUUGCCACUGAUAGGCAAAGCGACAUGGGCAUCUUCCUGCUUAUGCCGAGAUACACCUCAGUCCCAUGCCUUGUACACAUGGUACCACAUUGCUAGUUUCAAAAAUGAGGCAAUUAUGUUAUCAAAUGCAACUUUAUAUCAAAAGACACUGAGAAGUUAUUGUAUCUUUUGAAAAAUAAAGAUCUCUUUUUAGAAACAUCAUAGUAUCACAGAUGACCUCACAUUGAUAAUUGACCAGAAGGACCAACAACCAACCAAUAUCAAGGCUUUUAAGGGAAUAAGAUCCUACUGUGUUUAGUUUAAAUGUCCCUGUUGAUGUAUCAGGCUUAUGGCAUUAUGCAGAAAUGUGAUUUUUUAAUAGUCUAAUUUCCAGAUGAUUUGUAAGUUUUUACAUUUUUGAUAAAAAAAUGUUUUAAUGGUAGCAAAUGCUCCUCUGCCAUUUUCAGUAGAGUUUACAACCUAUCCUAGAAUCUUUCUGGAUGAUUCUGUGCCAUCACAGUAAUUGCACUGUGCUGAUAUACAUUGAUACCUUCAGGAUCUCCAGAAAGGUGGAAGGCAGUUUGCUCCUACACUAAAUGGUCUCAAUUACAUUUGGACUUUUUUUUUCUGCCUGUCUAACACAGUUUUCCAUCUCCUCGUAAGUGUCUAUCUCCAACUAUAUUCCCACCCCUUUAUUUUAAUCUGUUAUGGAGAGAAGGUAAAUAAAAAUGCUUAGUAAAAAGAAGCCAAAGAAGAGAAAUUGUGCAUAAGGCAAGAGUAACCAGCUCUGAGUGGCUGCCAAGGCACUCACAUAAUCAAACAGAAUCAUUAUCCUUGGUAAACAUUUAUGGAGGGCCUCCUGUGGACCAGGUAUUGGGCUAAAUGCUUUAUAUUAAUUGUUAGGAGCAAGAUAACCUGUGGUAUCUGUUUUGACUACUAAGAGGAUUUAAAUGUGUGUGUGUGUGUGUGUGUGUGUGUGUAUUUGUUAUUGACUGUGACCUGCAAAGUCAGUUACUCAAUGAGUGACAUCUAGUAAAUAAGUGGUUGUAAGUAUAGAUAAUAUUUAAGAAAACCUAUGUUUACUUGUUUAAGUUUGGAAUUGCUCACUGUAUUUCUCCUGGACAUGCACAUUCCAGGCUUAAGCAUGAUUGCUGUUCUGUGGACUGUCUUUGGUGCCCGGGCCUCUCAUGCCAGGUGCCUACUCCUUUUGGGUUCCUAUUGUCUGCUCCUCCCAUGCCAGACUCUUUCAGCCACACAGGGACACUGCUGCCAUGUACCACCCUCACUCCCCCACCUUCCACCCAUCUAAAUAUGCGUGCCCCCUUUAAGUCAUCCCUUUGAAGGGAUACCUAACCCUUCUGUGGACACAAAAACGUUUUGUGGAAAGAGAACUGCAUGAGAAGUGAGGAGAUUAGAAUUUUAACUUUGACUCCAUCCCUAACUAGCCAAGUGAACUGGGGCAAAUAUGUUCCAAUUUUUGGAUCCUACUUUCCCUUCUUGUUAAAUGAUCAUUUUAGAAUCUUAGGCUCAUAGUGAUAACUGU